ACCACCUCUGAUCGAACUUCGCGAACAACCCAGCAUUUUUGAUCCCCACUGGCACCCGUACCUCUAGAAAGAUAGCAAGAUGGCUGCGGAGCCGAACAAGACAGAAAUUCUGACCAUUUUUAAAAGACUACGGUCUAUUCCAACUAACAAGGCGUGCUUUGACUGUGCUGCCAAGAACCCCAGCUGGGCCAGUAUACCAUAUGGAGUGUUUCUGUGCAUCGACUGCUCUGGCAUUCAUCGCUCUCUAGGAGUGCACCUCAGCUUUAUCAGAUCCACUGAGCUCGACUCCAACUGGAACUGGUUUCAGCUGAGAUGUAUGCAGGUCGGAGGCAACGCCAACGCGACGGCCUUCUUCCGCCAGCAUGGCUGCUCCACCAACGACACUACCGCCAAGUACAACAGCCGCGCGGCACAGAUGUACCGAGAGAAGAUCCGACAGCAAGCCAACACGGCGCUGUCCAAAUAUGGGUCUGACCUGUGGAUCGACCAAUCCAGUGUGAGCAGCCAGCCUGCCGCCCCAGAGAAGAGACAGACAGACUUCUUUACUGAGCAUACUCAGCCUUCAAACAGCUGGGAUGACGCUCCUUCCCUGACAGAACACAAUGGAACCCUCACUCCUCAACUAUUGGAGGACACACCCAAAGCCCCCCACACCGCCAGCACUCUCUCAGAGCUGGAGGAAGGACCAAGCAUUGAGGGACUGAGCACUGAGCAAUCUCCCAAAGUCACUAUGGAUGUGAAGCAAUCCAUCAUUGGGAAAAAGAAGCCCAGCACUACUAAGAAAGGGCUGGGUGCUAAGAAGGGCCUGGGGGCCCAGAAGGUGAGCAGUAAGAGCUUCUCGGAGGUGGAGAAACAGGCCCAGGUAGCCGAGAAGCAGAGAGAGGAGCAAGCGGCUGAUGCUAAGAAACAGGCAGAGGAGUCCAUUGUGGCCUCCAUGCGCCUGGCCUACAAGGAGCUGGAGAUUGACAGGAAGAUGGACAACAAGAAGAUGCAGAACAUGGAGGGUAAGAAGAGAGAGCAGGCUGAGAGACUGGGCAUGGGCUUCGGCAACCGCAGCACCAUAUCUCACUCAGUGAUGUCAGAGAUGCAGGUGAUUGAGCAGGAGACGCCCUUGGGGGCCAAGUCCUCACCUCGCUCCAAACUGGACAUGUUGGAUGAACCGGGCUUCUCCUCCGGACCCCCUAAGUACAAGGACAACCCGUUUACGGCGGGCGACGGCUUCGGCUCGCGGUGGGACUCUGAUGGGGGAGUGGCCUCCUUCACCUCCUCCUGGGCCCUGGAGAAUGAGGAGCCUAAAGAGGAGGUGACAAUCUCCAGCAUCCAGCCUAUCGGAGAACGGCCCAGUCGGCGGAAGGCGGAGACGGCGGCACCCGUGUCCGAGUCGAGCGAGGCCCGGCAGAAGUUUUCCAACGCCAAGGCCAUCUCUUCCGACAUGUUCUUUGGCCGCGAGAGCUAUGCCGAGUAUGAGGCCAAGACACGUCUGGAGGGCCUGUCUGGCAACACGUCCAUCAGCUCUGCUGACCUGUUUGGGGACGGGAGUGACCGUGACACAGGGGCAGCAGGUUAUGAGAGUGUGCUGCCGACGGGGCCAGACAUUGCUCAGUUCAAACAGGGGUGA